AUGAGGGGAAGUCAGCUCAAUUUUCAGAAAGACUUUUCGGUCAACUUUCAGAAGAUGAGGGGAAGUCAGCUUAAUUUUCAGAAGAAUUUUUGUGGGCUAAAAAUUUUAAAAUAUGAAUUUUGGUCUUCUUCUACUGAUUGACCCGCUAAAUUGUUCAGAAGAUGAGGGCCGGUCUUAUUUUACAGAAAGACGUUUUCCUGGCUCAUUUUUGAGAAGAUGAAUUUUGGUCUGCUUCCACGUUAAAAAGCUUUUUCUGCGCUGAAAUUUUCAGAAAAUCAGUUCUGGUCUGCUUAAAGAUUAGAAGGUUUAGCGGAAAUUUCUUGUUGAACGUUCAGUUUGGAACGAGUAUCGACACUUUUCACUUUGAGCUGCUCUUCAAAGUUUUUCCCCGCAUACCUAGUUGAACAAGACAAGGGACGACAGUCUGAAGAAGCUGGCAGGCACUUGUCGUCCGACACGCCCAUUUUCGCCUUUCUUUUUCUCUUAUCCACUUUGUCGCAGCGCUUUUUGCUCCGCGGCACUUGGCUCCUUCUCGUGUCGACAAGUUGCACGGUUAUUUCUUCUGAAACUCUCCAAUAAAUUUUUAAGAUUUUUCGUUGUUUCACAACAAAACUGAGUGUUCAUUCACGAGUUUUUUCUGAGAUUUUACGACCAUUAAAAAAUAUCCGUUUCUUCUCUGAUCAUUUAAAAGCUCCAGCAAACUUUUGUGAUUGGAGAUCAAAUAAUUUUUUGCUCGCUUCGAUUGUAACGCCUUUUUUUGUACAAUUUUCGUACAUUCGCAACCUACCUAAAAAUAUCUUAAAUCAACGGAAAACUCUAAAUUAUAUUUUUCAGCCGCCCUCAACAUGUCGGACGAAGAGGAGGUGUAGUGAGUUACAAAAGCUUUUUUUUGCUCUGAAAUGUCCUUAUAAAACAAAAAAGACCACCCUAAUUUGAAAUCAUGAAGAUUUUAAUUCAAAUUCAUUUCUUACAAAAACUUGAGAUAACAAUGUUUUAAUGAAUAAAAAAAUGAUGGUGCAAAAAAGAGGGAAACAGAACAUGCACCAGGCAACGCUAUAAAAUAUAGGCAUUUUUGAGAAAGGUAGAUUUUUUCUGAAUGCAGUAGUGCUGAAAGAUUUCUGAAAAAGGUAGUUUUGCAGCUCGGAAGAAGAGGUGGAAGAAGAGGAAGAGGUAGAAGAAGAAGAAGUCGAAGAAGAGGUCGAAGAGGCGCCGGCGCCAGAAGAUGACAGGUCCGACGAGCACCGCACCACCGUUGAUGACUUCAGCACCUCACGGCACGAGUACGAUCUUUUGCUCUCACUUGCACAGCUUGACCAGUAGGAGCUACUCCAAGACAGAACGUCAAGUUCGAAUUCAGCAACAUCUGAGUGCUCUGUUCAAGCUGAAAUUGAUGAACUAGUCUCUUUUUGAUUUGCACAGUCUAACGUAGUGCAACAGUAUUACUAAAAGGCACAUAUCACGGUUUUGAGAGAAUUUCUACUGACCUUGUAAAAGUGCAUAAGGAAAUGAAGUUUGAUCAAACGUGACGGUAGAACCAAAGGUCCAACGUUUGCCAUUUUUGAGCUCAUUCUGGAUUAUUCCAACUCUUUUUUAUUAUGGUGACUUCUGAAGCUUAUUUUCACCAUUAGGCUGAUUUACAAAUUUACAUCAAAUUGUUAUCAUAGUCAAUAGUCAAAACAGUUUCAGACAACCUUUUUUGAAUGAUUUUAAACGGGCGAUGACAGCCUCGAGCCUGUUUUUGUCUUUAAUAACAUGUCUUCAAUGUAGUUUUGUCUGAAACCCUUUUGACUAUGAGAUGAACCAAGUUGAAAGCCGUACAAUAAUUAGGCCCUAGCCAAGCUUUCAUCCGAAAAGUGAUAAAAAAAGCGGCUAAACAUCAAAUAAUUUAUUUGCACAAUAGUAGAAGCGUAGGAGGCCGCCCUUGAGAUAACCGUUUCUUUUCUUCGUUUUUCAAGAGCAAGGCGCCCCUCGAAAUACUGGAAAUGUUUGCUUUUGCAGCUCGGCAACUGGAGCCACCCCACGGUGAGAUUUCAUCCCUCAGACCUUCAUCCCUUGGGAUCAGAAGAAGAAAAGAAAAUACUAAAACAUAAGAAAGAUAUCUUUGAACAUUUCCCUGAACCAAUCUCAUUUGUUUAACAUUCUUUUUGGUUUUGGUGGAUAUUGAUCGAAAUUUCAUGCCAGAAACGAAAACGAAAUUGAAAAAAAGUUUCUAAUUUUUGUAGUCGAUUUUUUCCUCGAUUGGUUGAAAUUCAUAUACUAUGAAUAUUAAUUUUAUCCGUUUACAGUUCACUCAUUUUGGGAACUCAUAAAAAUUCAAGUCAGCUCCGAGCAAAUGCGCUACACUGAGAACUAAUGUUCUUAUUUUUCGCCUCUCAGGACUUUUAGAAACGCCCAAAAAUGCAAAAAUUCUCAUUGGGAAAAAAAAAUUCGACACAAUUUCCAACUACAGAAGUCAAUUAAUUGCAUGACGCUACCUGCAUUGAACCCAACUGAUUCCAAGAGACGAACUUUGAAAUAAAGGAUCCUUUUCAGCAACGACAAGCUGAAUGAGGCCGAGAAGGCAAUGCUGGUGAGCUUAUUGAUUUAUUUUUACAAGCUAAACAUUUGAAAAGUUUAGGCCGCAAAAAAACGUCACGAAGACGAGGAUCAGGCAAAACUUCUCGACUACGAGGAGCGUCGCCGUAUUGAACGAGAGAAAGAAGAGGAAGACCUGAGGAAACUCAAGGAGAAGCAAGAACAGCGAAGACUUCAACGCGAGCAAGAAGAAUUGGAAGCGGCCGAGCGUCGACGUCAAGAUGAAGAGCGUCGUCGCAAGGAGGAGGAAGACCGCAAGGCGCGUCUUGAGGAGGAAAAACGCAAGAAGGAAGAAGAUAAGCUCAAGAAAGCUCAAAUGAUCGGCGGUGGAUUCGCUACCGGUGGUCAGGGAGGACGGUGAGCUUUUCGGGAACUUCUUUUUCUAACAAGACCUCAAAAGUUGCGAGAAAAAAAAGCCCAACUUUCGCAAUUUUCAGCAACUUCGUCAUCAACAAGAAGGAAGAUUCGGCCGGCGGCGUCGGCGACCGCUUCGGAAACAUCGUUCAGGCCAAACAAGAGAUGGGCAUGACCAAGGAGCAACAAGAAGAGGCCAAGUCGCAGUUCAUGGCCCAAGUUCGCAAGAACAUCGCCGACUCUUCGACCAUCUUGCCCAACGACCUCAAAGCCAAGAUCAAGGAGCUUCACAACCGCAUUUGCAAGCUCGAGGCUCAGAAAUACGAUCUUGAGAAACGUCACGAGCGCCAGGAGUACGAUGUAAGUCGGAAUAAAAAAGAGAGUAGAUUUGAAUUUUUAAUCUAACUUUUAUCCAUCGUGCUCUCACGUCUCAGUUGAAAUUGGAGAGAAACAAGACAAACUGCAGUUGAAAGAGCUGAACGAGCGUUCGCGUCAAGUCGCUCGCGCCAACAACGCCAAGAACGGCCAAGUCACCAACGACGACACCGGCGGCCGACAUCCGGCCAAGGUGCAAAUCGCCUCCAAGUACGACCGUCAGAUCGACCGUCGAAACUUCAAAGAACGCCGCCUCGUCUACGAGAACGUAUGUGAACUUAAUUUUAGUUAUACAAUACUGAAAAUGUCUGAAGAACGUUCGUUUCUAUUUACAGAAAAACGCCUUCCCCUGCUUCCCCGGCGUCCCACCACCCCCCGUCAUCCUUGAGAAAGUCAUCAAGAAGCUGGAGUACGAGAUCCAGGAAGAGUUGGAGGUACUACUCCUUCAAAGAAAAAUCAUGAGAUUUUCAUCAAAAACUGAAAUAUACAGCAACUGGGAAAAACACAAAUGGCCAAUUAAGAGGUUUCUCAAGGACCUUGAGAAGACACUAAAGUGGCCACUAAAUCCACCUCUAUAUAAGCCACUAGUAUGCAUACUGGUGGUCACAACAGUAGUAGAGUCACUUUGACUCCUAUAGAGGACAUUGAAUUUUAGUCACUUACAUGGCCACUAAUUCGACUACUAUAGUUUCCACAAAAGGUGGCCACUAGAUUUUUCCUGAAAAAGAUUGAAAAAUUACGCAUACAAAAUGAAUUUAGGCCCGUGAGCAAGCCGUUUACGAGGAAGCCUACGAUGAUGAAGACUACGAAUAA